AGAAAUAUUGCUGAGGUGCUGCUGAAAGGGCCAGAGAUGCAAGGAUUUGGGACCCAUUUUGAACCUUUAAGCUGUCUGACAUUGACCUCCUUUCAUAAUUAAUAAAGAAGAAGCAGGAGCUUAGGAUAUAUUAACACCAACUCAUUAAUAUACUAACCGGACUCUGUUCUGCAAAUAAUUCUACAUUGUUCAGAACUGGAUUGGGACAAAAUAAUUUCAUAUUUUACUCAGUUUAUAAUAUGAUUCGAUGGAGGAAAAUUUGAUAAGCAUGAGGGAAGACCAUUCUUUUCAUGUUCGUUACAGAAUGGAAGCUUCUUGCCUAGAACUGGCCUUGGAAGGAGAACGUCUAUGUAAAUCAGGAGAUUGCCGUGCAGGCGUGUCAUUCUUUGAAGCUGCAGUUCAAGUUGGAACUGAAGAUCUAAAAACACUUAGUGCUAUUUACAGUCAGCUGGGCAAUGCUUAUUUCUAUUUGCAUGAUUAUGCCAAAGCAUUAGAAUACCAUCAUCAUGAUUUAACUCUUGCAAGGACUAUUGGAGACCAGUUGGGAGAAGCCAAAGCUAGUGGUAAUUUGGGAAAUACCUUAAAAGUUCUUGGGAAUUUUGAUGAAGCUAUUGUUUGUUGUCAGCGACACUUAGAUAUUUCCAGAGAGCUCAAUGACAAGGUGGGAGAAGCAAGAGCACUUUACAAUCUUGGAAAUGUGUAUCACGCCAAAGGGAAAAGCUUUGGCUACCCUGGUCCUCAGGACACCGGAGAAUUUCCAGAGGAAGUAAGAGACGCUCUGCAGGCAGCCGUUGAUUAUUAUGAGGAAAACCUAUCACUAGUGACUGUUUUGGGUGACCGAGCAGCCCAAGGACGUGCCUUUGGAAAUCUUGGAAACACACAUUACCUCCUAGGCAACUUCAGGGAUGCAGUAAUAGCUCACGAGCAGCGUCUCCUUAUUGCAAAAGAAUUUGGAGAUAAAGCAGCUGAAAGAAGAGCAUAUAGCAACCUUGGAAAUGCAUAUAUAUUUCUUGGUGAAUUUGAAACUGCCUCUGAAUACUACAAGAAGACACUACUUUUGGCUCGACAGCUCAAAGACAGAGCUGUAGAGGCACAGUCUUGUUACAGUCUUGGAAACACAUACACUUUACUUCAAGACUAUGAAAAGGCCAUUGAUUAUCAUCUGAAGCACCUAGCAAUUGCUCAAGAGCUAAAUGAUAGAAUUGGUGAAGGAAGAGCCUGCUGGAGCUUAGGAAAUGCGUACACAGCACUAGGAAAUCAUGAUCAAGCAAUGCAUUUUGCUGAAAAGCACUUGGAAAUUUCAAGAGAGGUUGGGGAUAGAAGUGGUGAACUAACAGCACGCUUGAAUCUCUCUGAUCUUCAAAUGGUUCUUGGUCUGAGCUACAGCACAAAUAAUUCCAUGAUGUCUGAAAAUAUUGAAAUUGAUAACAGUUUACAUGGUGCACGCCCCAAGUUGGGACGCCGACAUAGUAUGGAAAACAUGGAACUUAUGAAGUUAACACCAGAAAAGGUACAGAACUGGAACAGUGAAAUUCUUGCUAAACAAAAACCUCUUAUUGCCAAACCUUCUGCAAAACUACUCUUUGUUAACAGACUGAAGGGGAAAAAAUAUAAGACUAAUUCUUCGACAAAAGUUCUUCAAGAUGCCAGUAAUUCCAUCGACCACCGAAUCCCAAAUUCUCAGAGGAAAAUCAGUGCAGAUACUAUUGGCGACGAGGGGUUCUUUGAUUUAUUAAGCCGAUUUCAAAGCAAUAGGAUGGACGACCAGAGAUGUUGCCUACAGGAAAAGAACUGCCGGACAGCGUCAGCAGCAGCUUCUUCCACUCCCCACAAAAUGAUGCUAAAAACACCAUCUGUUUCUGUGGUGUCCCCCAACACAGAUGAAUUUUUGGAUCUUCUUGCUAGCUCACAGAGCCGCCGUCUGGAUGACCAGAGAGCCAGUUUCAAUAAUUUGCCAGGGCUUCACCUGACACAAAACAAUAAAAAGUCCAUACUGGGCCACCUGAUGACCAGUGACAAUAAAGAGCCUGAGGAAGACUUCUUUGACAUCCUUGUAAAAUGUCAAGGGUCCAGAUUAGACGAUCAACGAUGUGCUCCACCACCUGCUGCCACAAAGGGACCGACAGUACCAGAUGAGGACUUUUUUAGCCUUAUUUUACGAUCUCAGGCAAAAAGAAUGGAUGAACAGAGGGUUCUUUUACAAAGAGAUCAAAACAGAGACACCGAAUUUGGACUAAAGGACCUUUUACAAAACAAUGCUUUGUUGGAAUUGAAAACUUCAGAACAAAAGUCAGCAAACCACUAGUUACUAUGCAUAUUUUAAAAGGCAAUCUUACUUCCUUUUAGAACGCUGCAGGAAAAUUUAAUCUAUUACUUCUUUGUUCCAUAAAAGGAGAAUUUAUAGCACUGUAACAGCUUGAAAUGUUUUUAGAAUGAUGUAAAUAUUUUAACCUUUAAUAGUGUAGAAUUAGUGAGCUAACAUUCCUCUGGACACACCUUUGUUUAGGGUCGAAGUGUCUUGUAAGGUGCUGCAUCAGCCUUUGUAAUUAUUGCCUGGGACUGUGUUCUUUGGCAACUCAUUAGAUUCAUUUACCUAGCAUCUGUAAACUAGAAAAUUAAAUGAAUCCUAGACUAGAAUUUAAUUCUUAAAAAAGUCUUUAAUAAUAAUUGACAAUGUUUUUUUAACUUAACCAUGGAUAUAAUAGGAAAUUAUGCUGUUAGUAAAAAAUAAUGCACUUGACCAAUGUAAAAAAGUCUUAUAAAAAAAAAUUUUUUUUUCCU